ACUCCGGGCGCACAUCUCCACAGACGAACAGCGGCUACAGCCGGACUGACAAAUGUCGAACGUCGGAAAAAAUAAGUUUCUCCACUGAGGAAAGUACUUUUUCGUGCAAUUGGUAUCCAUCAAACGCUGCAGUUUACUUCAUCGCGCAAGUAAAGUAUGAAAAGUGUGGUAGAGCGUUAGUAUUUUGUCCCCCAAAGAUAGUUGAAAGUAACGCUGUGUGCAGAGGGAAGACCGGCAAAGUGCAGAAGAAGCGGAAAAGCUAGUUUUUGUAUCGCUGGUAAUUUGUAGUGGUGGUAGUGCAGAGAGGGCCGCUAUAUCUGCCUGUGUGCUGUCCGUGUGGUGGUGGUGUCAUCGACGGUGUAAAAGAGCUUUACACAGUCGCGCUGACUGAAGCAGAGAAAGAUGGCCGAUGGCGUUGAAAUCGAUCUGUACGCCGACGAUUUGGACCAGGAUUACGCGCAAAACAAUGACGAUUUCGGUGGCGAUAGUGGCGACCUGUACGACGAUGUAAUCGUACCAUCCGGGGACCGUAACAAUGCGGGCAGAGGCCCGUCGAUGGACCGGGGCGACGGUGUCGAUACGAAUGGUUCGUACCACCAUCAUCCCGGGGCUUGGUCGCUCAGCCACAUUCCACGCCGUCAUCAGCUGUACGUGGGCAAUCUGCCCUGGUGGACGACGGACCAGGACAUCACCGACUCGGUCGCGGACGUUGGCGUGAACGAUUUCCAGGAGGUGAAGUUCUUCGAGAAUCGUGCCAAUGGACAAUCGAAGGGUUUCUGCGUGAUUUCGCUCGGUUCGGAAAACAGCAUGCGGCUCGUAAUGGAACGGCUACCGAAGAAGGAACUGCACGGUCAGAAUCCGGUCGUGACACUGCCAACGAAGCAGGCGCUGAAUCAGUUCGAAAGCCAGCAAAAAACCCGACCCACGCCACCGGCACCAGGGCAAAGCAAUGGCCCGCGACCGCCUGUACCCGGCAUGCCGAUGGGUGGCCCGGGCGGACCAGGUGGCGGCCACGGAGGACCGGGCAUGGGAGGUCCGGGAGGGCCACCGGGUGGCGGUCCUGGUGGACCGGGAGGACCAGGUGGUAUGGGCGGUCCCGGUGGACCGCAGCCACGGAUGAUGAACCCCAAUAUGCCGCCGGGCAUGCGUCCACCGCACCCGCACAUGUCCGGACCGAUGCACAUGCAGGGACCGCACGGCGGACCGGGCGGACCACCGCGACCACAGUUCCAAGGACCGCCGAACGGUAUGCCACGUGGACCACGCCCGGAAUGGAACCGACCGCCGAUGCACGGUGGUUACCCGCCGGGUCAUCCUGGAGGCCCCGGACAGGGACCACCGCACAUGCAGGGAGGGCCACACGGACCGCGCGCUCCCCAUCACGGAUCGAUGGGUGGGCCGCCGGGACCGCAGGGUCCUGCCCCGCACGUGAAUCCGGCGUUCUUUAAUCAGGGUGGUGGCCCACCAAAUCAUCCCAAUGGAGGUGGCCCCGUCGGACCGCCGCACGGUCCACAGGGACAGGGUGGGGGACCGCCGCAACACUUCAACCCACAGGGUGGUGGAGCUCCACGGGGCGGUCCAUGGCCGGUACAGGGUGGCAAGCCGCCGGGUGCGCCGGGCGGAUUCCCCGAACAUCCGGUCAUUACCCCGCAGCUGAGCGAAGCCGAAUUCGAGGAGAUUAUGACCAGAAACCGUACCGUCAGUAGUUCCGCCAUCGCGAGAGCCGUAUCGGAUGCCGCUGCUGGCGAAUACUCAAGCGCAACCGAAACACUGGAAACGGCGAUCUCGCUUAUCAAGCAGUCCAAGGUGGCUCAAGACGAACGGUGUAAGAUUUUGAUUGUAUCGCUGCAAGACACGCUGCACGGCAUCGAGGCGAAGAGCUACACCCGGCGAGAGCGUUCCCGGUCGCGCGAACGCUCGCACAGACGCCAGCGCCGGGAGCGGUCAACGUCACGCUACCGGGAACGUUCGCGCGAUCGCGAGCGGGAGCGUGAGCGUGAUCGCGAUCGCGACCGUGAACGUGAUGGCUCUCGCCGAUCUCGCCCAAGGAAAUCUCCGGAACCGGCCACUGAUAAUGCAACGGAUAGCUCGUCGAAACGGUACUACAACGACGAUCGCUACCGUUCGUCGGAUCGUGAGCGGGAGCGCGAUCGCGACCGCGAGCGCCGUGAAGAUCAUCGAUCACGGCAUUAAGUAGUGCUAAAAUGAACCCUUAUAUUUUCGAACGCUACUAGCAAAACGGAACUAGCUGGUUGCCUCAAAAUUCCUGCAACGCUACACUACAAUUGAAUUCUAAAGUUUUUGGGCAAUUGUCUUUUUUGACAGUUCAGUUCCCAUUUCCAUGGAGAGAAGUUAAUGUGAAACAAAAUGAACUACACACACGGUCCGCAGCCCGAUCCUUUUGCCCCGUAAUACUUCCCCCAGUUUUAUAUAUGUAUCGAUGUUUCCCCACAUCUCGCCCAAAGUUUUUGAAGGUAGUUUAAAUUGAAGUUUUGGUUUCUAUUUUGUAUAAAAUUAGUGCAAAAGUCGUUCCAAACAUGGAGCAAAAUGUAGUAAGUUCAUUGUGAAACAAGAAUAUCUCAUAUACACGUUUUAAUUGCACGACGCUCUCGAGUUUCCCCCUGAUCUCGUUGCACUUACAAAAGCGCCGCCGUAUCGUCUCUCUGUAUGCAAAGUGUUUAGACGGAGAAUGUAUCUUCUUUUUUUAAAUUCCAUUUGCCCUAUAACUAUUCUACCAAAAUGAGACGUGGGAAGCAUCUGAGAGCAUAAUAAUACGCCACAUAGCUAAAUGUAACGCAGAGAAGGACGCAUCGGAGCGCAGGCAUGGUGACAAAGAUUUAAGGCGCGCAACGGCAAAGAGGAAGCAUCAAUAUAUAUUCAAACUACACAUCCAUCCCGCUCUACUACUAGCAGAGUACACUUCCCAUCAUUGGCGUUCCUCUAAGCAAGCAGCAACAGGAAUGACAAUCUGGUGCAGCGACAACAGUGUGGUGUGCAAGCAUGCGCGCGUGUGUUUGUGUGUGUGUGAGUGUUGUUCCGUCAGUGGUUUAAAGGUCUGUUACAACUCCUGAAGACUCCUUGCGGGUCGUGUGCGUUCCGUGUGUACAUCCUGCUACGUACGAUCCAUGCCCGACGGCAGUGGGUGCAUCUUGAACGGUCAGCAGACUCAGCAUUGACAACGCAACGACUCCCAGCACUUCCCGGCGGCAGUAGUUUCCUGAUGGCAGCAGCAGCGGCAGCAGCAGCUGUAGCAGCAGCAGCAGCAGCAGCAGCAGCAGCAGCAGCAGCAGCAGCAGCAGCAGCAGCAGCAGCAGCAGCAGCAGCAGCAGCAGUAAUCAUCAGCGGCAAGCGGGUAAUGCUGGAGGAGGCCACGUGUUGCUGUGACAGUGACGCACGACUCGACGAUGACGACGCUACUGAUCCGCAAAGAAGAUUGUAACACAUCCCUCUUUUUGAAGUCAAUAAUUAUAAACGUAAUCAGAGAGAAAAAAAAUCAAAAAAAGAAAAAAAAAUGUGCAAAUUUUGUGUACCGUGUUGUGUAUUCUGUCCCUCCCUUUAUCAUUAUUAUUAUUAUUACUACACUAGUCUUGCACAGAGAGAACGUAUUACGAAUGAAAAACCAAUGUAAUGUAUUGUGUCACACAUCUUUAAGCUAAGUUUUUGUGUUUGUUUAUUUUACGAAAACCCAACACAUGUUUUCUUUUUGUACUUCGACUAAUUUUUGUACGGCGGUAUGACUUUAUUUUAGUUUAUUCGUUUAGUUUUGUUGUAAAAAAAAAACCCAUGACAGAUCGCACAUGCGACGACUGAAUAAGCACUUUGUGUGAGAGCGUGCUUGGGAGUACUGUUGUUUAUUUUAGUACUGCAGCUAGAUAGAGAUGCUUGGCUGGAAGAAGUGUAAAAACUGUUUGAUAAUUUUACUCCAGCUGAGGCAAUGCAAGGGACUAGAGAAACAUAAACAUGUUGCGAUAAAGCGGAGCUGAAGUAACGGUGACAAACAUAUUGUAAAAUUACCAAAUUUCCUAGAAGGUCUUUUGUAACACGAAACGUAGAUAUCUAAUACUGUUAAGGCCAAAUGUAACCGCGGCAUUUGUGGAAAACGGUGCAUUCCACUGUAAGCUGCCCUUAAGAGUAAAUGAGCUUCUUACUGUACCCCGAUCUUCGUCGGCCCGAAAAGGCAACUCAUCUUUUUUGAGGAAUCAAACAAAUAUUGCGAUGUCGGUGUUAAAACUGAUGUAAACUUGUUACUGUGUAGCAAGUGCGUGUAUGUAUGUAACAUUUAUGUACCUUUGAUCAAUGGACGUUGGGGGAGAAGUUGAAGGACGAGCACAGGCGGUUUCGAGAAUCCAUUUGUAUCAUGAUUCACGAUGCCCAAGCAUAUGCGCCACAUUUUAUGUAUAAAGGCUGUGUGGUAAUGACAGAAAACCUAUGUCCUGUUUCUUUUUAUAAAAACACGAUCAAAUUGUACACCGGUUUGUACGACGGGAUUUGUACAGUAUAGCAAAGACAACAGAUAGAAUUAAGACAUAAAUUAAACUUUAUAUGUAUGUAGUAUUAUUACGAAAACUACCAUCUAGACGCUUUUACCUUUUGUAAAUUUAUUUCUUUGCGUUAUUAGACGAGCUGCUCUCUUCUUGGUAUUUAUCAUUCUCGUUAUUUGUACAAUGCGUGUAGCGCGUUAUCUCUUGCGUCUAGUUUUACCAAAAAGAAAGAAGGAACAAAGAAACAUAUCAGUCAUAUUUAAGGAUUUUUUUUGCAAAUGCAUAUUUGUAAGGGCAUUACACACUUGUACUGUACGCGAAGAAAGGGAAUGCAACGACGCAAGACUGAACUCUCUGUCUCUAAGACUGUGAACGUAUCUCAUUACAUUCAAGCUAUUUUAAACAUUUGGGACGGGCAGCAGUUGACUUGCAUACUCGUAGAUUGAUAACUUAUUAUUUUUUAAUUGUUAUAUUUUAAUCUCAGAAACCUGCAAUGCAAACUAAUACCGUUGUUAGUGGUUCACAAUAUCGUUAAGACACUGUGGAAGAAAUUUGGGCUUAGCUAAAAGUACUAUUGUGAUUGGACGUUUUUAACAAGCUUGUUAAAUUACUCCGUGAUCCGUGUAUCGAUUAAUAAGAUGUUGAACGUAUGAGGACGUACCGAUUCGCAGAAUGUCUAAACAUUUGCUAUAUAAUGUGUCUUUUGUAACAAUUUUAAACUCAAUUAUUCUAUUCUGUUAUGGGGAUUCUCGAUCCUAGUCGGGUCCAAGGUCCAUAAAUUACUACAGGUCGGUUCCGUACAGUGUACUUCGACAAAUUUUCAUUACACAGCUAGGGAGUCCACAGUUACUUAGCAACUCAUACAAAGUCCUUAGCAAUCCUUGCGACAUAUGUGCCAAUCUCCAUAGAAAUCUCCAUCCAUUAUGGCCACCAAAAACACAGCUAAGGACCCACCUGUAGUCUAUCUAUAGGCACCUUGGUCGAGUCGAGAAAUUGGACUCGAUUGCUUUUUGAAAUAUGCUUGCUUGUAAAAAAAAAUCUGGUAUGAAAAAUCAAACGAGACGGGCAGUCGACGUCACAGUAGGCGACAAACAGCCAGAUCUACUCUCGAAGAUGACUUUAAAAUACGCCUAAAAAUAUAGAAUGUUAGCCAAAAAAUAAGGAAUUUCCCGACAGAUAAUCAUAGGAAUCGGUUUAUUCUAGUCUAAUUUCAUUGAAUUAUCGAUUUUUUUCAUGUUGGUCCAUCAACUUUGGUUAAAUUACUUUCUUCUACUCAAUCUCGAAUGGUCAUUGCAGAAAACUGAAAUAUUUUUCUUCAAAACAGCCAAAACAUCGUUUUCAAUCCAUUUCCGGCUAGCAUUUUGAUAUAGAGAACAAUUGGCUUGAAUCGAGACUCUGGAAUCGAAAGAACACGUAGUCGCUUUUUUUUUAUAGAACUCUUCUACUAGACAUUUCUAUGGCAACCUCGAAACAGCAAUAGAAUUCCGCGAUAGUUUAGUAGCCUAGUAGCUCCUAUUUUCUUAACAAUAUUCAACUCGACGUCGACACAUCUCGUUUGCGCAAGAACAGAAUAAGCCUGAAUAAUACUCCAUAAAGACAACAAUGACCGACAGGAUUAGCAUCUUAACGUCCUAAGGGAGGAAUUGUGUAUGAAACCCAUUGUAUUAAUUAUCAAUCAGCCCUCGAAAUGGUACAUACAUCCUUCUGCUUUUACACAAAAUUGUAAUUAUGAAUAGGAUUUAUCGAUUUUAGUUGGGUUUAUCGCGUUUUUACUGUUAUAACACCCUGUUAAAUGGCGCAGAAUUAACUGUUAGAUCGAAAAUUGGGGAGGGUUGCGCUGACACAGUAUGCCAUGAGACGAUUGGUUCGUCGUAAACACGAACUACAAAAAGGUAAGCAUUUUAAAACGUUGCCUAAUAUAUACUAUAAAAUUACACUAAAUAGUCGUAAGAGGGUAGAGUAAAUGUAAAUGCGAGUGCCAGUAGUAGAGAGAAUUGUGUUGUUAUACAUUUGUAAGCAAACUCGUUGUAGGAUAUUCCAGUAGUUUGAUAAGCUUUCAUUUAAAUGAGCGUAACAUUAGUGAACGACUGAAGGCAUUUUGGCCCCUGCAAACAAUGUAUUACCUGAAAACUUA